UCUAAUUCUUUAGUUCUUACUGUUUUUUUUAUGGCACCAAAAAAAGUAGAACCCAAGAAGGAGUCAAUUAAAGCAGUUAUAUCUGAUCCAAAGAUGGCCAGAGAACCUGAUUUUGACCCAAAGAGCAUUGCAAUUGAGUUCACCGCUGAUCAGAUUGAAGAGUUUAAAGAGGCCUUCAUGCUGUUUGAUAGAACACCAAAUGGAGACAUGAAAAUCUCUUAUGCUCAAUGUGGAGAUGUGAUGAGAGCUUUGGGCCAAAACCCUACCAACGCUGAGGUCAUGAGGGUGCUGGGCAAACCCAAACCUGAAGAACUGAACACCAAGCUCAUGGAUUUUGAGACCUUCCUGCCCAUGUUUCAGCAUGUGUCCAAGUCAAAGGACCGUGGCACGUUUGAGGACUUUGUGGAAGGGCUGCGGGUUUUUGACAAAGAAGGAAAUGGCACCAUAAUGGGAGCAGAGCUUCGCCAUGUUCUACAAACAUUAGGCGAGAAAAUGACAGAAAAGGAGGUUGAACAAGUGUUGGCAGGACAAGAGGACGCUAAUGGCUGCAUCAAUUAUGAAGCGUUUGUUAAAUACAUCAUGUCAGGAUAAAUUGAAUAUCAGAGGAUUUAUCAGUCUCUGCGGUGUCUAGACCCCACAAAAAUAUUGGAGAACAAAUCUAUCCAUACAAUAUAUUUUUGCCACACCAUUUUUUUAAAACUAUUUAUGUUAUGUUCCUGAUG